CACACCACAACUGAGUCACUGUCUGGGAUACUCUCCACUUCGACAUGCAUCCAGUCCAGCACAGGGCUCAGUUUAAAGUGCAGUCGGGACCUCAGUGUGAAGUCUGUGACAAAGGAACGGUUGGUCUUACAGUCUGGCAGACCUCCAGGACUCAUUACAGAGAUAAGUUGCAUACCAACAACGAACAACCCUUUGUAUGAUGCCUUGGAUAUAGCCGGCCCCCAUGAGUGAUAUGAAUAACACACUGGAAGACAUACACACCUCUGGCUGCCUCGGAGAGAAAGCAGAGAUUUUUGGGAGUAGGAAGGGUAAUGUGAGUGGCUUUUCCAGCCCAUCCCUCAUCCCUUUGCAUGCUCCUUUACAACCACCAAAUGCCCAGCUCUCCAAGACUGCUGUCUGCAAAGGAAAUAGGAAGAGUAAAGAGGGAGAGGAGUCUCUGCUGGCUGCCCCAGUUCCAAACCCUUUCCCAGAACUCAUUCCCUCAACCGUCUCAUCCCUCGUCUCUGAUUGUUUAUUACCCUGGACCAAAAGCGGCCCAACUCAAGUAAUCAAAGUGUAUAAUGAGGACAAAACCAGUCGAGCAGUAGAGGUUCCCACUGACAUCACAGCCCGGGACAUCUGCCAGUUGUUUGUCAUGAAGAAUCAUUGCAUUGACGACCACAGCUGGACUCUGUUUGAGCAUCUCUCUCAUCUAGGCAUAGAAAGAACCAUAGAAGACCAUGAAUCUGUUAUGGAGGUGCUGUCCGGCUGGGGCAUUGACACAGACAGCCGGCUAUAUUUCCGGAAAAACUAUGCCAAAUAUGAAUUCUUCAAUAAACCGCUGGAUUUUUUCCCAGAUCACAUGGUGUCCUUAUCAAGUGAAACCAACGGGAAUAUGAACCAUUCUCAGCUAAUACAGACAUUUCUCAACUCAAGCACUUGUCCAGAGAUCCAUGGGCACCUUCAUGCCAAAGAACAAGGCAGGAAGUCUUGGAAGAAGUUCUACUUUGUCUUGAGGAGGUCAGGUCUCUACUUCUCAAACAAGGGGACAUCAAAGGAACCAAGGCAUCUCCAGUUUAUUGCUGAGUUCAGUGACAGCGACGUCUACAUGUUACUAUCGGCGAGAAAGAUACACGGAGCGCCUACGGACUAUGGCUUCUGUGUCAAGUCUACUAAGUGUGGCUCUCCCCGAGACCUCAAGCUGUUGUGUGCAGAUGAUGAGCAGACCAGAACCUGCUGGGUCACUGCCAUGCGCCUCUUUAAGUAUGGGUUGCAGCUGUACCAAAACUUCAUUCAACCACACCAGAAACAGAAAGCUUCACCUAUGAGAAGUAUCUCAGAGAACUCCUUGGUGGCCAUGGACUUCUCAGGACACAAGAGCCGGGUGAUCGAGAACCCAUCGGAGGCGCUGUCCGUAGCCGUGGAGGAGGGGCUCUCAUGGAGGAGGAAAAGCUGCCACCGUCUGAGCUCCCAUGGAAGCCCGUCCACCUCCCAGAGUCCCAUGUCAAACAUAGCCCUCCAUAUGGCCCAGCCCUGGUUCCACAGCAAACUGUCCAGAGAUGAGGCACACCGCUUAAUCACUCAGCAAGGUCUGAUUGAUGGAGUAUUUCUUCUAAGGGACAGCCAAAGCAACCCCAAGACAUUUGUACUGUCACUCUGCCACACACAGAGAAUCAAACACUUUCAGAUCUUACCGGUGGAUGACGAGGGGGAUCUGUUCUACAGUCUGGACGACGGUCACACCCGCUUCACUGAUCUGAUCCAGCUAGUGGAGUUCUACCAGCUCAACCGGGGGGUGCUGCCCUUCAAGCUCAAACACCACUGUGCCAAGAUCACCCUUUGAGGGGCCAGGGGUCUCCCAGGGCCCCAUACAUACAGAGGCACCUUAAUUACAGCCAGGGCCUCUCAGGAAAACCAACCACCCAUGCAUCUCUCCCUCCCUCCCUACCGUGCCUUGGACAGGAGACACAGAGAUCACCGCCAGACAUAAGCCAACUGAAACCACUGUUAUAAUCACCCACUAGAACCCAUUCUCUUGGAGAAAAACGUGGUAAUCGGUCUUUGUAAUGACUUUGUUUUUCAAUAAAAUAUGAAAUAGAGGUGUUACGAUGUGAAAUAGAUGAAGAUACUGUGUCACAACCCACUGGGCAAAAACUCGUUUGGAAACAUUGUUUCCACGUCAUUUCAACAACAAAAAAAUCUGUGUGAUGACGUUGAAUCAACGUGGAAAAUUGAUUGGAUUUGCAAAAAGACAUUAACAUAAAAUAAUUUCGUCAUUUUUUUUCACCUAAUGUUUAACCUAAAUCCAUUGAUGUGAGUUUUUUUAGUUGAAUUCCCGUUAGUUGACAUUCAACGAAAUGUAAAUCAAAACAGAACGUUAAAAUGACUUCAGUGCCCAGUGGGAAGUGACCACAGGUGUUGAGAAAUCUGGUGUUGGAUAAGGUGCAUCUACUGUAGACUUGAUAUGACAGAGAGGGCUCUACUGCGAGCCCAUUGGUUGGCCCUGUAUGUUAGCCCGGGUGUGGAGAUGAAUCACAAACACCGCUGUGACUUGUGUGGAGUCCAAACUUCAGUUAAUGUACUGUAUAUAAUGUGGAGCUGAUCAUGUUUGCAUUGUGUAUCAGCUUACUUGCUCGUUACAACUUUCCAUGGGAUGAACAUCUUCUACUGUAGCCAACUGUUGAAACUUUAGAGCGAGAGCGGAUAUUUGACUGUGUGUUCACAACAUGUGAAUAGAAUGACCAGUGUGGUAUAGCCAUGAUAUUUGUGCAUUAUCGGCACAGUUAAGCUGAACCUGGUCAUUUGUCAGUAGGAGGGGAUCACUAUUAUCAGGCUGGAGACAAUGUAGUAUGUAGGCUACAGUGGUCUCCUGGGGAAACUAAGCUGUUGCUCAUUGUUUUUAUCACAUCUCAAGGAAUUCAGGUAUUUUUCUAAAACAAAUUAUGAUUAAAAUAUAUAUAUAUAUAUAUAUAUUAGAGGUGUGAGUAGCAGAGGAGAAUGCAAAGUGGUUGCAUGUUUUUUUUGCUGGACUGUGACCUCUGUAGGGAGAGAGCAUGCACAACAAUGUGCUUUGCUAGCCUGCACUGUACAUUACUUUGAAAUGUAUUGAUUGCAUUUGAAUCAAUAAAUGUAAAACUGCUCUCUGUUGUUACAGCAAGAGCCGCAGAAGAUAUAUUUGACUAAGGGCCGGAUUCAAUCCUUAUUGCCGAAGUUCCCCUUUGUUGCCCGAUUGACAUUUAAAGGCAAUGUUCCCGCGUUUGUGGAGACUGCAUUCACGGCAAACGCUACAUAUGUCAACUCAAUCGAAAAUUACCUUUAAAUUUCAAGCACACUGCAGCUCUGAACUUCGGCGCUACGGAUUGAAUCCAGACCUAAUUUUAGAUUCAAACCACAAAGUGUAAGAUAGAAAUAAAGUAUAAUAUUGUGAUUUUAUUGAUCAAAAUCUGAAUUGUUGUACAUUGAAAUUAAUGUUUUAUAGUAUUUUUUUUAAAGAUUCAGGUAAACCAUGUGCAGCACCUGAAAUGGUUGAAUAUUGAUGUAAAGAACAAAACUAUGACUUACAUCAUGUACUGUUUGUUUCUUCAUUUUGGAAAUGGUACUGUAAUCAUGCAGCAAUUUGUACAGACAGGUUUCACCAGUACGAUAUAAUGAAACAAGAUGUACUGUGCUUUGAAACAAGUGAAAUAACCAAGACAUGUUAACAAUGCAUUUCAUAAAAUGUUUAUUUUAAGAUAGAAGGAGAACAGUGCAUUUAAAUAGUAAUGCAUGUCAUGGACUGUAAUGUUUUAUAAAGGUAGCUAAAUAAAGGAAGCAAAAAAAUAUG